GGCCCGCGGGCCCAUGGCGGAGCGCGGCCAUGGCGCUGGUGCUGGCGCUGCUCUCGCAGGCGCUGGCCCGGGUGUGGCGGAGCCCCGGCAGUAGCGCCCGCCAUGCGCCCCCGAGCCGCGCCAUGGAGCACGACAGGGCCAUCGAGGUCUACGAUAUAAUCCGGACUAUCCGGGACCCGGAGAAGCCAAACACUCUGGAAGAACUGGAAGUGGUGACGGAGAACUGCGUGGAAGUGCAGGAGAUAGGGGAGGAUGAAUAUCUGGUCAUCAUCAGGUUUACACCAACAGUACCUCAUUGCUCCUUGGCCACUCUCAUCGGCCUUUGUUUAAGAGUAAAACUUCAGAGAUGUUUGCCUUUUAGACACAAGCUGGAGAUCUACAUCUCUGAGGGCACACAUUCCACGGAGGAGGACAUCAACAAGCAGAUCAAUGACAAGGAGAGGGUGGCAGCAGCCAUGGAGAACCCGAACCUGCGGGAGAUCGUGGAGCAGUGCGUGACUGAGCCCGACUAGAGACCCUGCCCUGGGGCAGCCCUGCUGCACCUGAGGAAAACAGUAAUAAUAAUCAAGGCCUUGAGUUUAAUACUUGAGUUCUUUUUAUCUUCCAUGUGUUUUUUUAAAAAAGAGAAAUUGUUUAUAAGAUAGAUUUAAAUUAUGAGGAACCAGCCUCUGAGGAGUCCGGUGUGUGGUGCUGGAAGUUUGUAAUUUUUGGUGUCCAGAGGAAUAUUUUGUGAUUCAAAGCAACACAUUUGCAUUGCCUUCUGAGAGACAUUGUGAUAUAAAUUCAGUUUUGCAAGUUAAAUUUCUACAUUGUUUCAGUCACUGCACUGUAAAAAUAAACCAGAUUCUUGUACUGAAA